CACGUGGCAGUUUGUCACAUGAUCCGAGGUGAUGGCUGUGAGACUUGGUGUGGGGUGUUUCAAGCUGUUGUUCUCUCUCUGCCCCUUUAUUCUCAGUCCCUGGGCAAAUGGGGAGUCGCCUGGGAGGUGUGGAUACCAGGCCUGUCCUGCUGUCAACCCCAAGAUGCUAAAUGUUCACCUGGUGCCACACACUCACGAUGAUGUGGGCUGGCUUAAGACAGUGGAUCAGUAUUAUUAUGGAGCCAAUACUGGUAUUCAACGUGCUGGGGUCCAGUACAUCCUAGACUCUGUGAUCCCACAACUGCAAGCAGAUCCGACCAAGAGAUUUAUCUAUGUGGAGGUCGCCUUCUUCUAUCGUUGGUGGAAGCAGCAGACUGACAGUAUGAAGAAGCUGGUGAAACAGCUGGUCAAUGAAGGCAGGCUGGAGUUUGUUAACGGAGGCUGGUGCAUGAAUGAUGAAGCAACCACCCACUACAAUUCCAUCAUUGAUCAAAUGACCCUGGGCUUCCAGUUUCUGAAUGAGACGUUUGGAGAGUGUGGUCGACCCCGCGUUGCCUGGCACAUCGACCCAUUUGGACACUCCAGGGAGCAGGCCUCCCUCUUUGCUCAGAUGGGGUUCGAUGGCUUUUUCUUUGGCCGCCUCGACUAUCAGGACAAGCAAAGCCGAGAAGAUCUGAAGGAAAUGGAACAAAUGUGGCGAGCUAGUGCAAAUCUGCCAAAACCCAAUGCUGACCUGUUCACAGGUGUUCUUCCCAAUGGCUAUAACCCUCCCAGUAAGCUCUGCUGGGAUGUGCUUUGUUCAGAUGAGCCCAUCAAAGACAUUAAAGAUAUGGAUGAGUAUAAUGUGGACCAAAUCGUUUCCUAUUUCAUACAAACCGCACACAAGCAGGCGAAGCAUUACAGAACCAAGCACAUCAUCAUGACCAUGGGAUCUGACUUCCACUUUCAAGACGCGAACAUGUGGUACACGAAUCUAGACAAGCUCAUCAAAUAUGUGAAUGCUGCGCAAAACACUGGGAGUGAUGUCAAUGUGCUCUACUCCACCCCAUCCUGCUAUCUGUAUGAACUAAACAAGGCAAACCUGACCUGGUCUGUGAAGUCCGAUGAUUUCUUCCCGUAUGCGGAUGGUCCCCAUCAGUUCUGGACGGGUUACUUCACCAGUCGCCCGGCUUUGAAACGAUACGAGAGACUGAGUAACAAUUUUCUCCAGGUCUGCAAUCAGUUGGAGGUUUUGGGGGCCUCGGGUUCUCACAUUGGCCCCUACGGCGUGGGAGACAGCUCUGUACUGAAGAAGGCGAUGGGAGUGGCCCAGCAUCAUGAUGCUGUGUCCGGGACAGAGAAGCAGCACGUUGCAGAUGAUUACGCCAAGAAGUUAGCCAAAGGCUGGGAUCAGUGUGAGGUACUCAUUAGCAAUGCUCUGUCAAGUCUCAGUGGAAUGAAACAGAAUUUCAUCUUCUGCAACAAACUCAACAUCAGCGUCUGUCCUCGCAUCGAAGAACUUGGCAAUUUUACAGUUACUCUCUACAAUCCCUUGGCGAGAGCAGUGAGUGUAUAUGUGAGAAUCCCUGUUAACGGCACAGAUUACACAGUUUCUGACCCCACAGGCAGCUCGGUACUAAACCAGGUUGUUGCCGUGUCAAAUUUUACAAAGAAACUGCGGAAAGACCGUGGCUAUGCAGUGAACGAGCUGGUGUUCCCGGCCAGGGUUGCAGCAUUGGGUUUUAGCACUUACAGUGUAUCCAGGAAGUCAGACAGCUCCGUGUUUAGCAGACUGUUCAAGUCAGUGAGGAGAAAGAAAGGCCUCACAAUUGAAAAUAAGUAUAUCCGAGUAUUAUUUGACGUGGAUACUGGCCUGAUGAGUGGGAUUGAGAACCUGCAGAAGAAUCUUUCUCUACCUGUUACUCAGAGCUUCCAUUGGUACAGUGCCAGUACAGGAAACCACAAGAGCAGUCAAAAGUCCGGAGCUUAUAUCUUUCGGCCGAAACAAGGGUCCCCUAUCCCAAUGUCCACAAACGUGAAGACAUACACAGUCCAGACGGACUUAUUUCAGGAAGUUUAUCAGAACGUUUCAUCGUGGUGCUCACAAGUCGUCCGACUCUACAAAAACCAAAAGUUUGUCGAGCUGGAGUGGACCGUUGGGCCAAUUCCAGUCGAUGACAACGUUGGCAAGGAAGUUAUCAGCCGCUUCGACACGCCAUUAAAAACAGAUGGAAUUUUCUACACGGAUUCCAAUGGGAGAGAGAUCCUCACACGGAGGAGAGAUUAUCGACCUACAUGGAAACUCAACCAAACGGAGCCUAUUGCUGGAAACUACUACCCUGUGAACAGUCGUAUUUACAUGAAGGAUGGCAAGACUCAGCUGACUGUACUGCCUGACCGCUCUCAGGGAGGAAGCAGCAUCCGAGAUGGUUCACUAGAGCUCAUGGUUCAUCGAAGACUGCUGUAUGAUGAUAACAGAGGUGUCGGGGAGGCCUUGUCAGAGCCGGGUUAUGAUGGCAAUGGGCUGAUAGUGCGAGGGAAGCACCUUGUCUUCCUCGACACAGUCGACGCCUCUGCUGAGCUCCACAGACUGCAGGCACAGGCAGAGUACAUGGCUCCAUGGACCAUCAUGGCCGAAGGCACAGGAGCACCCUACAGUACCCAUCUGAAUCACAUUUCUGAGUUCUCGGCCUUGAAGGAAGAGCUGCCCCAAAACCUCCAUCUCCUGACCCUGGCUCAGUGGGAUUCCCAAUCCUUCCUGAUACGGCUGGAACACCAGUUUGAAAUGGGAGAGAGCAGCGUCUACUCGAAGCCUGUCACCGUGGAUCUGGCUAAUUUAUUUUCUGCUUUUGAGAUCACUUCUGUUGAGGAAAUGUCUCUGGGUUUCAACCAGCGGAAGGAAGACGUGUCCAGACUGACCUGGAAAACUGUACAAGAAGCACACGAUGUCAAGUCAGCCUCCAGCCGUAACGAUAUCUCCAAGCACACUGUGGUCCUCAAUCCAAUGGAGAUCCGCACUUUCCGUGUUCACAUUCAGCACCGGUAACCACCCAGGCUGGGAAUAACUGGGAUCACAGGAAUACUGAGAGAAUGAGCCAAUCAAUUAACACAUGGAAUUUUCAAACCAGUCCAAUCUGUUGUUCUACACAGGGACAGUGUCAUUGAAUGACAGGUUUGACUCUGCUAUUUUUUAACCGGAUGUUGCCUUAAUGUGACAGUUACCACUUAUUCUGUCUUCACAAGUGCCUGGCCUUUUGGAGAUUCCUUCACUGUUUAAUCCAGGUUUUGUGGAUCAGGCUCCUAUUGGCAGCAGAUCGUCAGUCAGUCACUGUUCCUGUAACAAAAUGGGUAAGGCAACUGCCUGGAUUUUAGAAUGGAAUUCUCUUCCCCCUACCACCUCAAUUGCCCAUCUCCUUUUGAUUACAAUGGACAAACAAAGAGCAAGGAAAAGCAUUGAUCAGACCAAAUGCUGAUUCUGUUCUCACCCGCACACCACACUGAAAGCUGGGAGGUUGUGCACCAUCCAGAAGGAUUUGUUAUUGCGUGUUAGGGUAACAGUUAAGAGUAUUUCUUUACCCAGGCCAUUGUACAGCAAUGGCCAGGAAUAGUCCUGUGAGAAAAUCUUCACUCUUAGAAGUAUCUAUUUUAAGGGACAAUUCAAUCCCACUCCCUAGAAUGGAUCCUUUCCCUAAUACACUUGAUACAACUAACAGAGGUCCAGCAACUCUUUUGAGCUUAGGUUCUGAUAGACAGUAGAGAACCUAAUGAUUCAGAUUCAAAACAAGGGGCUAGGGAAGAUGUGCAAUGACUUUCGAAGUUAGUACUAAUUUAAUACGUGCAAAAAAGGUGUUUAUUAAUAAUGUCAAAGAUUGUUAGAACUGGAUUUAAAGUGACCUAUUAUCAAUGCAAUCAGUAUUUGUGAAACUUUGCCUGUCUGUCUACACUUGUGUGAUGUAAAACACCUCAAUCUGUGCCACUUUUUAUAAGAAAUCAGCCAAAAUGCUUCAAAAUAAUCAAAAUAAAAUUUAUAUCUAAGUUAA